AUGGCGCCGUCUGGACACCACCACCUACAUUUCGGAAAGAAGGAGGAGCCUGUGGUCCGAGCAGCGAUUCCUGCUCAUGCGAAUGCUCCUCUUCAAGGUCUUUCCAAAGUGAAAUGCAUUCGAAACCCCAAGUACGCGCCAACACCGGUGGGAGCACUAAUGCAUCUCUGUCGCAAAUUCGAGUUCACGCCGACUCUUCCAUGUCCUUUCACGCUCGUGCAGACAUUGGUUGACGACGCGACCAAGCUCAAUCAAACCUUCCUGGCCAACGCCAAAUCACAGAUAGUGAAGACUGAUGGAGCAGACAGCUCUGACGAUGCCCAGACCCAGACCCAGAGCACCGGCGGCCCGCGCGCGGUGUCGCGGGUGGUACAGAAAGACAGCUCUGGAAGAGUAGGACAAGUUGAUGCGCAGGAUAUCCAGAACGAUUCAGAAUACCUUGCGCAAGUCAGCAUCGGCACUGCGCCGCAAACCAUGAGUCUUUGCUUCGACACUGGCAAGAACAAUGGACAUACGAUCUUCGAUCCUGCGAUGAGCAGUUCUUUCAAGAAGAUGGAUGGCGCGAAAUGGCAGAUCCAGUACGGAGAUGGUUCGACAGCCAGUGGAAUCGUAGGCACCGAUACCGUCAACAUCGGCGGCUUGAACGUUCAGAAUCAGGCUGUCGAACUUGCAUCAACGCUGGCACGGUCCUUUGAGGAGACUGCAGGUGAUGGUCUUCUCGGUCUUGCAUUCGGAAGCAUCAAUACCGUCAAGCCGAAUCCUGUUCACACACCUGUCGAGAACAUGAUCACGCAAUCGAAUAUUCCAUCCGACUCUGAGCUCUUCACUGCGUACUUGACCAACUAUCAGGACAAUGACCCGCCAUCCUACACCUUCGGGUACAUCGACCAAGACCUCUGCAAAGGUAAACCAAUCACGUACACUCAGAUCGACAACAGCCUUGGAUUUUGGCAAGUCAAGUCCGCCAUGACCACCGUGAACGGCAACAAGUUCCCAAAUGCUGGCAAUACCGCGAUCAUGGACACCGGAACCACUCUCUCACUCAUCGACGACACGACUUGCAAGAACAUCUAUGCUGCAAUUCCAGGAUCCAAGUACGAUGACAGCCAAGGUGGAUUCAUCUUCCCGAGCAAUUUGGGGAAAGCGAAGUUGCCAACAAUUCAAUUCGCGAUCGGUGAUGGGCUGUGUACGAUUGAUAAAGAUGAUUUGAGUUUCGCUGAUGUUGGGAAUGGGAUGACCUAUGGUGGGAUUCAGUCUCGCGGUACGAUGAAAUUCAGUAUUUACGGCGGAACGGUUUUGAAGUCGAUGUAUGCGAUUUUUGAUCAGGGAAGGAAGCGAUUCGGGUUCGUGCAGAAGGAUGUGAAUUGA